AUGCCUCCGCGGAAGAAACAGAGGAUCGACGACACUGUGCUCCCAGUAGCAGUAGUGCCCCGCCGCAUAACGAGGGCGUCAACCAAAGCCGCUUUGGCAGACGGGGGCGUCGCCAAGGAUUCACCUGUCAUCGCCAAAACGAAAGCAAAGGUCAAAUCUGCUGGUGAAGCAUGUUUAUCAGCACGGACCAUAGGGCACGAGGAAGCCUUUGACAAAGCGAGGAAGAUCAACAGGGCGCUGGCCGACACGUUCUUCGGCAUUGACGCCAUUACUCGCUAUCUCCCGGUACAGGGAUAUAAUCAGGAACGUUCGUAUGACCCCCAGUGCAAUCGCAUAUUGAGGACCCACGUGAACCGCAUUAUACGGCGAUACAAGGCGCUCCCCGCUCCUGUGACUGCUGAGGCCUUGAGGGCAUUUGCUGUACAAGUGAAGGCAGAUUACGAGGCUCGCUUUCCGGUGUGGCUGAACGACCAAGAAGAGCAGAGGCUGAUCCGCCUCAACGACGCGAGGCGGCAGCGUUUUGAGGAAUUACGAAGCACCGACUGGCAGAAGGAGCUCGACUUCAUGCACCCAUGGGAUAUCAAGACCAUGUCUAACAUGCCUGUCGUCCGGCAGUCGUCCAAAUUGACUGAUGGGGGCAAGUACCCCGCCAUCCUCUACCACCGCUGCUUUACGGGACCCCGGGAAGGUUGCUACAACACUUCGACAUACGCGGUCAAAGAGUAUCUCAAAGAAGACCUAUACACGCGCACGACGAAAACCCUCGUUCACAUGAUUUAUGAGGAGUCACUGUUACUCUGCGGUGACAAAUUCUUGAGUGCUCACAUUCCGUUCAAGCUGAACGACGGCGACGGGCGGAAUCCUGGCGAUGUGGUGAACAGAAUGCGGCGCAUUGUUUCGGCGGUAGGACUGGAUCCGACUCGGGCGACAUUCGAAGAUCUCGAUCGAUGCGACGUGUGGCUACGGUGUGUCACUUGCGAGACAGAACAUCCGAAGGACCCGAUCUUUGCGCGAUUGUGGAGCAGCGCGUACGAGCACGAGGUGGACCCUACCACUCGUGACAGCAUGGGUGUGAUACAGCAAGUCUCACAUGGUACACAAUUCCCAGAGUGGCGGCGUGUAGAUGAGGAAGAUAUGAUCAAAAUCCGAGCCGUCAAGGACGACGAAUAUUGGAAGACGGACUUCGACACUCACUGCUGGUGGUCGUGCUCGCUCUGCCCCAACUUUGACGAGAGGUCCGACGAGAUGGCAAUACAUCUCGAAGAGACGUGA